UGGGGUUGGCUUGUGCAAGUCUCCAUUUGCCAACCUGUGGCUGUGUCUUCAUGCACCACGUAUGAGUGCACGCGCGCACAUGCUGUGUUCCCAUUUGGUGACACACAGAGAUAAGCAGUGUGUGGGCCUUUGCUAAUCCCUCCCCACCUGAGUGGGACUUAGGUACACAGUGUGGGGGUGAGGGGCCCUGGGGCGUCUGCACCUGCGUGGGGCGGAGGGGUGAGGCAGGCGGGCCACUCCUGCCUGGCUGGAGAGUCACCCUCCAGUUGCCUAGCCACUGCCAUCCGGGGUGAAGGGGCACGAAUCAGACCCCGGCCCCUUAAGGGCCUCCGGAGAGCUAUAUAGGGUCCACCUGCGGGGCUCUAGCUGCUUCCAGCAGCCCCAGCAGGAGAUGGAAGAUGCAAGAGGUCAUUGCAGGGCUGGAGAGGUUUACCUUCGCCUUCGAGAAGGAUGUCGAAAUGCAACGGGGCACUGGGUUCCUGCCUUUCCAGGGCAUGGACAAGUCGGGCUCAGCUGUGUGCAACUUCUUCGCUAAAGGGCUCUGUGAGAAAGGGAAGCUGUGCCCGUUCCGGCAUGAGCGGGGGGAGAAGACGGUGGUGUGCAAGCACUGGCUUCGGGGGCUGUGCAAGAAGGGCGACCUCUGCAAGUUCCUGCACCAGUACGACGUCACCAGGAUGCCCCAGUGCUACUUCUAUUCCAAGUUCGGUGACUGCAACAACAAGGAGUGUUCCUUCCUCCACGUGAAGCCAGCUUUCAAGUCCCGGGACUGUCCUUGGUAUGACCAAGGUUUCUGCAAGGAUGGUCCCCUGUGUAAAUACCGCCAUGUCCCCAGAAUAAUGUGUCUCAACUAUUUAGUUGGCUUCUGCCCUGAGGGACCCAAGUGCCAAUUUGCUCAUCCCAAGAUGAAUCUUUCAUUCAACUCGAGUUACACGAAGGUGAGUGCAGGUCCGCAGGUGCCCAUGGGCCUUGCCCUUUACUCCACACUUCUCUCUGCUCCUAGGAGAGCUUGCUCCCCAGCACUGCUCCUGACGGACCCUCACUCCCCUGGGAAAGCACCUGUCAUGGGGCACAUGGAUGUGGUGGUUCCUCCCAGACUCCCCUCCCACCUCUACCAUCCCUGCUUCGGGCAGGACUUCUCAGCUGACCGGCCCUUGAGGCCGUCCUUCUCCUUGGCACGGAGACAUGUGUGGCGUUUGUGUUUAAACAAAACGAGGCCCAGCUCAGGACUUGCGGUCCAAAGCUGGUUUUCUGAGUCAGGGCCAGCCCCGCUUGAGAAAUGGGCCCGCUCCCUGUGGAAAUAGACAUGCUCGUCCCUAUGGAGACACACUGUCCCUGUGGAUGCCAGGCGCUGGGAGCCUACACCAGGAGUCAGCAGACCACAGCCUGCGGGCCAGCUGGCCACUGCCUGUCUUUGUACAGCUGGGAGGAAUGGUUUUUAAAAUGUUGGGGAGAAAAUAAAUCAAAAGAAUAUUAUAUGACAUGUGAAAAUGGUAAUUCCAGUGCUCAUCGCAUUAUUUUUAUUUACAUGUUGCCAUGGCUAUUCUGGAGAUUACAAUGGCACAGUUAAGUGGUUGCAACAGAGAUCUGAUGGCUCACCUCAUAGAAUUUAAAGUAUUUACUAUUUAGAAAAUAUGCACAUAUAUACUUAUAUUUACUCUUUGGUCACCUAUAGGAAAGCUUGCUGACCCCUGGUCUAGGUGACUGAAAGUUGGAUCCCCACUUAGGUGUGACAGAGGCCAAGCAGGAGCACAGCAGACGCUGGGGCAGCUACUGAGCUUGGGGCCACCCCAUGCUGGAGCUGGGAGGGCAGUGGCUGGGGGUUAGGUGGCUCCCGGGGGCUCUGAGGGGCCUCUGCUAGGGGUGGGAAGCGAUCUGAUCUGCCGGAUGGGGAAUUUACAACCCCCUUUCUACCUUUCGUUGAGAGGUAUGCUUUUGGCAAUUAAAACCGUUCCUAAGGGCAUGUUGAACCCUGGUUCCACCCUGACAUUCGACUGGGGCCCAGGCCCUCAGUGUCAAUUCGCUGUGUCUGCAGGUGUUUCCCCAUGCCUUCGCCAUGUCUACAGCUUGUCACCCAGCCCCGGGAUUCAGCCCCAGUGUCCACCGAGGGCUGGGGAGGGGGCUGACCAGAGAGCUAGAGAACGCAUUUCCUUUUCUGUAGCAUGGAAGAAAACUGCACUGGGGUAUUAAGAGAGAACGGGCUGAUUCUGGUGAACCAAAUGUUACAGUGUGGAAAGUCUCAACAACCUAAUCCUGUUUGCAUCUUUAGUCAUAUAAGACUUUCUUUACAAGAAACCAUUUUCUUUCAUUUCCUAUUCUGUUGCCCACUGAGUUAUGUACACAUAACAUCCUUAAGAGUUGCAGCAGGGGACAGAGUUCUUGGUUAAGUGAAAAAAUGUAGCACCUUGGAUUUCUUUUUUCUGCUAUCUUCUGGUUUAUCAGGAAGAAAAAAGCCAAGAUGGUUUUAUCGUAACUUCACUCUCAAGAUAGCUUCUAAAUUGUUCAGAGCUUUGAUUUCUCCAUUCUGCAGAAGAGUCACAUCAGGGUGACAGGUUAAGAGGCAGAAACUGACUUUCUUGCACAUUUGAUUUUAUGGGCCUUUGAAAGCCUAGAGCCUUGUUCUCUGAUCAUGGUGCUGGGCAUGAAUAUCAAGGUCUCUAUUAGGCCUGAAAUAAGCUUCAUUUGUGAGCAGAAUCCAUUCAAUUCCUCAGAAAGCCAGCUAUCUCCUGUGGUUUCCUAGACCACUCAGAGUUUUUCUCUUGAGACUGGAAUUUACAAAAGUCAUGCCAUUAACUUUUUCUCUUUUAGUGUCAAAAACCAGGCCAUUAUGCCAGUAAGUGCAACUGGUAGGAGUUAUCAAAAACGAACCCACGGUCUGGAAACUGGAAGAUCUUCUGGUGGAGAUGUUCAAUGGCCCCACUAUGGGAUUCUCUGUUCCAACGUUCCAGAGCGAGCUUGUCAUGCAGAAGUAGCCUGCUGUCUGUAGGUUUCUUUCCUUUUAUCCUGUAACUGCACCAGCAACUAAAAAUACAAUAGGAUUACAGGCAGAUGACUGUGGCAGGAAUGAAUUACCAUAAAUUGGAGGAGCAAAAUGUAUGUACAACCAAAAGCUGGAGUAUACGGAAAAUCCACGAUCAUCAUACUCUGCCCGGCUCCUGUGCUCCUAGACAGUUCUGAGUGCACGUGGCAGUUCCUAUACAUAUGGCCUCAGCUGCUACUACAAACUGGCAAUUAAAUCAAAUGGUUUUCUUUAGCAUGACAGCUGCUUCCCUGUAUGGCUUAUUUAAGAAUAUACUCUGUGCCUUAUGUGGAGUAUAUGGGGCAGUAGAUGGUACGAAAGAGGCUUAUCCUGGGGAGGUGAGGUAGUGACUCGGAACGUUAAUGGUGUACCAUCCAAGCCAUUAUGUCAUGGGGCACCAGCGCAACCUAAUCCACUGGGAGAGGAGAGCCGUGGCCAAGCUGAGCCUUUCGGAGAAACAGAGAAGAGCAUUACGAGGCAGGAGGGGGGACCAGCCUUCCACCUUUGGUACACGAAGAGACAGGUGCCUGGCCUCCCUAGAACUGGAGGGUCAGAGGUUAAGGCAAUCUAAAAGAAUACAGUGCAGGAGUGAGAUUUGGGGAUUUUAAUACCAGUUCAAACCACUCUGGGCUGCUAAGUGACGAACAGCACAGAGCUAUGUAGAAAAACUGACCUCCUCAAGCCUGUUUCCUCAUUCCGGAAAAUGAGUCAGAUAGCAUCGCAUCACACGGCCGUUACAAGGAUAAAAUGAGAAAAUGCGUGUAAAGAACCUUGCACAGCACUUGGCACAAAGCAAGCACCCAAAGGCUGGUGUGGACUGCCGUGGGGCCUCUCCCUGGGUUCACGUUUGGAAGCUGCACAUAAUAUGCCACAAGAGGUUUUAGAACAGUGGCUACUGAUGAGUUCCCACCAGGUCAGACCUUGCUGGGAUGAACAGACGUAAGUCUUCUAAUCUUACCAAAUCUCCGCAAAGUAGGUAUAAUUAUCCCCAAUUUAUAGUCCAAAGGAAGCUGCAGUAAAUUGGAUAACUUAUCCAGGCACACACUCACCCAUUUCACAGGAAAAAUUCUAGAAGAGGCAAAUGAUCAGCUCAGAGGAAUAUUUUUUAUUUUUUACAAAUACUUUUAUUAUGAAGAGUGGUGGCAGUAAUAUGUGAGUUCCCCAUUAAGUGUAAAACAGUCUGCUGAUAAUACAACAUGAUUUAUAGUAGCUAAAUAUUUUAAUGUGUAUUCGAAAAAAAUAUACUUUCCCCAGUAAACUCAAUAUUUCAGAUAUUAUUAUUCAGGACUGAACUAAAGUAGCCAGCACCAGGGUUAAUCUACCUUAUAGAAACCAUGUGUGAGUUACCGCAGGGUGUGCAGGCAAGCCUGUACUUCCAACCUUCAAUAACAGGACCUUCCACAGUAAGUCUUCUCAGGGGUGGAGGGUAGCCUGCGCAUCACCGUAACUCUUCUGCAGGAUGGAUGGGA